GGCGGGAGCGGAGGUGGAUCUUGGCUCCGAAGCGUGGGCGCGGCGCAGAUGUCACCGGCGGCUGCUCCAGCCAGCUGGUGGCUGCGGCCUAUUGGGCUGUUCCGGUGGGAGGCGGGGGGCGAUACUGAAUUUGGCCCCCGCAGGCUCCUCGUCCCUGCCAGCGCUUUCGAGGGGCAGUAGGGCCCUGCAGGAGGGGAGGGGGGUGGGAGGAGUGGUGGUUCUGAACACCUCCUUGAGCGGAGACCUCGCUGUCCACCCCAGCCGAUCGCACGUGCGAAACCCCAGCUUGAGGGUGGGCUAGUGGGAGCCUGGGAAGCUCCCCUCCAGCGCUCGGGAGCUGCGUAGCUGAGUAGGGGGUGUGCCCGGCGGGUCGCAAGGAGUCACAGGCUUUCAUUUCUGGGCCACGCCCACAGGCUGUCCCUGUCCACCCAGCCAGAGGUGGGGCUGCCCCCGGGACUGUUAAGUGUUCAAGGGGCACCCUGCGUAGCUCGCCCCUGGAAAUAGGGGCGGACGUUGUUAGGUCGGUACCCAAGUGCCCCACAGUCUCUGGCCACCAAACGUUCUCAGGACCCAGCCUGGAAGCCUCAGCCCCGCCCAAAAAGGGACGACUCCGGGUGGGUGGGGCGCGGGGCUUCCCAAGGAGGGGCUUCUGUGAAAGAACACGUUAGAAGAGCUGCCAGUCGGCGGAUGCGAAACUAGGGCCCUGGCCUCUUUACUCUGUUAACUCGACCUCCAGCCUGGCUUACCUCCCCCAUCGGUCUGGUACUAGUGAGUGUGAGGAAGCAUCCCCAGUCUCCAGGUUCCCAGUACUCCCCGCCUCCCCCCACUCCCCUGCAGACCUGAUGGGCAGACACUGGUCCCCUUUGGUCCCCACUUCCACCCGUUGGGGUGGGACCACAACCAUCGGGUCAGCACGCCCAAGUCAAGGGGCUAGGAAGACGUGAAAGAGGAAAGAGGGAACUCUCUCCUACUCCCCAGGCCACUUUCCUAGGACUCCCCCUUAUCUCACCUCCAUGGCUGGCUCCCUAUCAUGGACUCACUUGUCACCUGCAGAGUUUCUCAUUUUUUCUUGGUUUGCUUUUAAAGAAAACAAAUUUAUUUUGCUCUUUUAAUACAAAGAAAAUGUGUCUACUUCACAUAAAGCAGAAUAUAUUCCUAAAUACAAAGAAAAUAAAAAUCACCCACAAUCCUUCCCCACUCCCACCUACCUCCCUCCAUCCUGCCCAGAGAUAAACAAAAUGCAAAUUUCCUGUUACUAUCCAGACUGUGGUUUGGCGUAAGUACACAGUAUUAAUGUUUUCUAUGAAAAGAUUAGGAGGCCAGGUGUGGUGCCUCACACCUGUAAUCCCAGCACUUUGGGAGGCUGAGGUGGGCAGAUCACUUGAGCCCAGGAGUUUGAGACCAGCCUGGGCAACAUGGUGAAACUCCAUCUCUACUAAAAAUACGAAACCUAGCCAGGCUUGGUGGCGCAUGCCUAAAGUCCUAGCUACUUGAAAGGCUGAGGUGAGAGGAUUACUUGAGCCAGAAGGUCAAGGCUGCAGUGAGCCGUGAUAGUGCCACUGCACUCCAGCCUGGGUGACAGAGCAAGACCCUGUCUCAAAAACAAGAAAAUUAAAAAAAAGGUCGAGAGUAGUGGCUUACUCCUGUAAUUCCAGCACUUUGUGAGGCCAGGGCAAUAGCUUCCUGUUCCUCAUGUAAACAGAUGGCAGCUGGGGCCACCCCAUCUGUCCUGCCCCAUAGCUAACACUCAACACUCCUCCUAGCCCACCAUAUAUAAACCCUGAUGACUGGAGAGUGCAGGAGUGUGACUGAUGGGGCAGGGCCUUGGUCCCGUGGUUCUAGGAAAAGGGUAAGGUGGGGAGAAAGAGGGAGGGCAGUUUCUUACUUGCUGUCUCAUGGGGUAGUAACUGGGAGACCACUGAGCUGUGGGUCAGUGCAGUGGUUCCCUGGCUGGGAAUUUUGCCUCGGCUGGUCCAGGGCUAGGAUUUUGUCAGAAGAUGGAGGAAGGAGAUACUAUGCUAGCACCAAGGGGCCCUGGCUUUUUCUGGACAGGGAAGGAAUAGAACAAUUUGUGUUGGGAGUGACCAGAGCCGAACUCCAAGGGCUUUAUAACAAAAAAGAAUUAUUUAGCUCACAUAACUGAAAAGUCCAGGGUGCAGUGGCUUCAGGAACAGCUGGAUCCAGGGGCGUAGUAUGGUUGGGAGUGCACUGCUCCAUCUCUUGACUAUUUCUUUCUGUGUCAGCUUCAUUCCCAGCCAGACUUUCCCCAAGCAUUAUUAAAGGAGAGCUACCUCUUCCUUCCAGUUCAGCCCCAAGGGAAGGGAAAGUAGUGCCUCUUUCCUAUUGGCUCAACCAGAGUUGCAGGGUUGAUUCUCAUGGGUCCAACUUAAGUCCUACAGCCUGCCCUGAACUAAUCACUGCAGAAAUGUGAAUGGAAUGUGCAGAUUAGCCAGGUCUGGUGCACAAGCCCGACCUGGAACUAGGGAGUGGGACACAGGCACAUGGAUUGAAAAGAGGGAGGAGGGAAGUCCCUAAGGUAAGUCAGGCUUUCAGGAGGGAAUCUGGGCAGAUGGCAAACUACAGGAGUCCUUCGAAGUGAAGACAGGAGGUUUAGUCUUAGGCUGAGGUCCUCCAAAGAUGCUGGGCUCAAGUCUACUCAGAAGGCAAGGCCAGGACGAUAUGGGUCUUGUUGGCUUUGGGGCAUGAGCACCAUCCAGCAUGAAGAUGUCUCUUGUCCAUGUUGGUAAGAGAGACACACAGGCCUGAGGAGGAGGCAGAGAAGCCCCAUUGCAGGAUCUGCCUCUGCUCCCCCUCCACUGUGACCCUGGGCUCUUUUGCUGAGAAGGCAGUGGAGGGACAGUCCUCACUGCAAGCCUGGGGUGGGCGGGACUCAGUACAGAGCCAGGAGCUCAAGGGGCUUCCUGUGAGAUGGUGAACUCCUGUCCCAAGUAUGCCAACCAGUGGUGGGGACAACUUGAACCACGUGGGGCUGGACGGUUGUCUCCAGGGCAGAGGGAGGGGGGAUGAACUGGAUACCCGACUGUCUGCAUCUCCAGGAGGUGAGAUGGCAGCUGGGCAAAAUGGGCACGAAGAGUGGGUGGGCAGCGCAUACCUGUUUGUGGAAUCCUCGCUGGACAAGGUGGUCCUGUCGGAUGCCUACGCGCACCCCCAGCAGAAGGUGGCAGUGUACAGGGCUCUGCAGGCUGCCUUGGCAGAGAUCGGCGGGAGCCCAGAAGUGCUGCAGAUGCUGAAGAUCCACCGCAGCGACCCGCAGCUGAUUGUGCAGCUGCGAUUCUGCGGUCGGCAGCCCUGCGGCCGCUUCCUCCGCGCCUACCGCGAGGGGGCGCUGCGCGCCGCGCUGCAGAGGAGCCUGGCGGCCGCGCUCGCCCAGCGUUCCGUGGCGCUGCAACUGGAGCUGCGCGCCGGCGCCGAGCGGCUGGACGCUUUGCUGGAGGACGAGGAGCGCUGUUUGAGUUGUAUCCUGGCCCAGCAGCCCGACCGGCUCCGGGAUGAAGAACUGGCCGAGCUGGAGGAUGCGCUGCGAAAUCUGAAGUGCGGCUCAGGGACCCAGGGUGGCGACGGGGAGGUCACAUUGGCCCCCUCACAGGCCCCGGUGCCCUCUCUGUCGGAGGUGAAGCCGCCACCUGCCCAGACUUUUCUGUUCCAGGGUCAGCCUGUAGUGAACCGGCCGCUGAGCCUGCAGGACCAACAGACGUUCGCGCGCUCCGUGGGCCUCAAAUGGCGCAAGGUGGGGCGUUCCCUGCAGCGGGGCUGCCGGGCGCUGCGGGACCCGGCGCUGGAUUCGCUGGCCUACGAGUACGAGCGCGAGGGACUAUACGAGCAGGCCUUCCAACUGCUGCGGCGCUUCGUGCAGGCUGAGGGCCGCCGCGCCACGCUGCAGCGCCUGGUCGAGGCACUUGAGGAGAACGAGCUCACCAGCCUGGCAGAGGACUUGCUGGGCCUGACCGAUCCCAAUGGCGGCCUGGCCUAGACCAGGGGUGCAGCCAGCGUUUGGGAGAACCUGGAUGGCCCUAGGGUUCCUUCUGCUGCUAUUGCUGAACCCCUGUCCAUCCAUGGGACCCUGAAACCCCAUUUGGCCUAUCUGCUGGACCCGCUGGGGCAGAGUUGAUUGCCUUCCCCAGGAGCCAGACCAGCACCCACUGAGUCUGCUGGGGGUGCACCAUUGGGGAUUCUGCCUCAGGUACUUUGAUAGAGUGUGGGGCUGUGGGGACCUGCUUUGGAGAUCAACCUCACCUUCUGCCACCCAGAAACGGAGCUUACAACCAGCCCUUACAGUUUCACUCAUGAAGCACCUUGACCUUUGGUGUCCUGGACUUCAUCCUGGGUGCUGCAGAUACUGCAGUGAAGUAAAACACGCAUCAAUCCUGCCUGCCCCCAGCUCACACUCAGCGUGGGACCCCGAAUGUAAAGCAAUGAUAAUAAAGUAUAACACGGGUUUUGAUGUGAGA